CAUGUAGGUGCUCAGCUCUAAACUGAUAUUCAUGUAAAUAGGGUCUGGCUGGUUCUGGCCUGUUUUCUGUUACAGUGUUUCUUGGGAGAUCUUAAAUUGCUUUUCCUAAAUAUUUCAGCUACAUUCUCCAUGUGCAUAUACAGCUUCAGCAAGACAGCGCGUUACUGAUUUGCUUUGUAUAUGCCAUUUAAAUGUUGUCUGAGCCUGGAUUCAAUAAAGUGUUUGCAUUUAGAAAUGGUUAUGUGAAAUGUAAUAGAUCUUUUUGUUUUGAAGACAAACUGUACAUAAAACUGUUAUUUGUAGUGUCAGGUAUUGAAAGCAUUUCUUAGUAAGAAGGUUAGUUAAGAAAGUAUGGGUAUAUGCUAGGGGAAGUUCUUAAAGUUUAAAAGCUUAGAAAGUUACUGUUUAUAAGCAGAUAAACACAAAAUACUAAUUUUCAAAUUUGAGGAACCCACUGUGCCCAAGUACUUCCGGGGUUUGGGUGUAGAUUUGAACUUUAAAUACCAUGAUAUUUGUCAUAUUUCAACCUUGCUUCAGAAGUUUUAAGUACCUUCCAGAAAGAAAAUACAAAUGCAUCUGUAUUGAGCUAUGUUAACUCAUAGGUUGAUAGUAGCUCAGGUCACAAGAAAGGAACAGUUUUGUCCUUUGUUCCAGAUCUUUAAUUAGUAGGCAGCACUUUACCACUUGCUCAACAAGUUGCUUUUAAGGGAUUCUUAAAAUGCACUUCAGAAGGUUGUUAGUCCAAAAUGAAGGCAGGAAAUUAAUGGUGGGGGGGUAGACGAAGAGCAGACCUGUAAUCAAAAUGCCAUGGCUGUCAAAAGAGGUAUCUGUGGAGUUCAUAGCCUCAAAAAAGAAUCAGUCAACAGGAGAGAUGCUUCUGCAGACUUUUAGUAAUGCUCUAGCAACGUGUAUUAAAAACCUAUAUGAGUAUUUGGGUUAUAUGAUAACGUGAGGCAGCACAAAGUAAGUUUGAGCUCGCAGAUUGUUUCACAGCAGAGAGAAAUGUCCUUUUUUACUUUGAGCCAAAUUUCUAAUCUAUUUGCAAGGCUGUUGUCAUGUGGACAGCUUGGAUGGAACUCCUGAUUUUGUGGUCUUUGGACCUAUUGCAAAUAUUGAAUAACAUGCUGUGGUAGCAGCCUGUUGUGAUCUGUUGGGAAGUGUUAGCAGAAUUUUACCUUACUUACAGUAAGGUCAGAAUUUACGGACAAAAUCAUGGAGAAGUUACUCAACAGAUGAAAUUCCCGUCCAGAGUUACUGCUUUGCCGGAGAACACGUUCCUUGCACGGACCAUGCCCAGUGACCACAUUUGGACCAAAGGCCUGUAUGCUGCAAAAUCCUAAAACGAUUAUGCACAUUCAGGAUCCAGCAAGCCAGCGGUUGACAUGGAACAAACCUCCCAAGAGUGUCCUUGUUAUUAAAAAGAUCCGUGAUGCCAGUCUGCUUCAGCCUUUUAAAGAGCUUUGUGUGUAUCUUACUGAGGAGAACAAUAUGAUAGUGUAUGUAGAAAAAAAAGUAUUGGAAGACCCCGCUAUAGCUAAUGAUGAGAAUUUUGGACCAGUGAAGAAGAAAUUUUGCACCUUCAGAGAAGAUUAUGAUGAUAUCUCCAAUCAGAUAGACUUUAUCAUAUGCCUGGGAGGAGAUGGGACCUUGCUUUAUGCUUCUUCGCUUUUCCAGGGUAGUGUACCUCCAGUUAUGGCUUUUCAUCUGGGAUCCCUUGGAUUUCUUACUCCAUUUAAUUUUGAGAAUUUUCAGUCCCAAGUCACUCAGGUUAUAGAAGGCAAUGCAGCCCUUGUUCUACGAAGCAGGCUGAAAGUGAAAGUAGUUAAAGAGCACAGAGAGAAAAUGACAGUACAAAAUGGUAUAGAAGAAAAUGGAGUAGUGUCUACAAAUAUAGAGAAAGAAGUGGGCAAGCAAGUUAUGCAAUAUCAGGUCCUAAAUGAAGUUGUAGUGGAUCGUGGUCCUUCUUCUUACCUUUCCAACGUAGAUGUCUUUCUAGAUGGACACCUGAUAACAACAGUGCAAGGAGAUGGAGUCAUUGUCUCCACGCCGACUGGUAGCACUGCCUAUGCAGCUGCAGCAGGAGCUUCUAUGAUUCAUCCCAAUGUUCCUGCAAUAAUGAUCACCCCAAUCUGCCCUCACUCAUUGUCUUUCAGACCUAUUGUUGUUCCUGCUGGAGUGGAACUCAAGAUUAUGCUCUCCCCAGAUGCCAGGAAUACAGCAUGGGUUUCAUUUGAUGGAAGGAAGAGACAGGAAAUAUGCCAUGGAGACAGUAUUAGCAUCACUACCUCUUGCUAUCCCCUUCCUUCGAUCUGUUUCCGAGAUCCUGUGAGCGACUGGUUUGAAAGCUUGGCUGAGUGUUUACACUGGAAUGUUCGGAAGAAGCAAAAUAACUUUGCUGUUGAAGAAGAAGAAUUUUAAGUGUCUACAUCUAACAAGACUCAUGGGAAUGGAAAGUGGCAGUAUCCCUUCUAUAUGCUUGGAUUUUAAAGUUUUUGGCUAACAAGUGUGGUCACCAUCUCAGACAUAUAUAGUGAUUAUAGUUUUUAUCUGUCUGAUCUGCUGAUGGCUGGAAAUUAUUGUGCUACUCCUGUCCACCAAGAGUAGGAAUGGAAGAAAUUAGGCUCUGGUUGUUGUAAUCCAGUGUGAAUUUCCUUCAAAUGAGCAAUCUGAAGACUGAUUCUUUCUGGUUGAUAUUGACAACUGCAUCUGUAGAUUUGAUUGUAACCUAUAACUUACCAGUAACAUGGUAGGCUGAAUGUAGAUACAUAAUAGAAAAGUGGCAGUAGAAAAGUGGCAUUAAAAUAUUAUGUUUCAUUUGGUACAUUUGUAAUUCCAUUUAAAACUGCUAUGCAUAUAAAGGCUCUAAGAAAUUUUCUUGAAGAGAAAAAGAAGCUCCUCUUUGUUAGCUUAAAUACAUCUUGCCCAGAACAGCUCCCCAUCAAGACAGCGCUUAAAAUACUUUCUCCUUACCUGCAAAUGUGACACACUGUGAAGAAACACCCUUGAAGAAUGUUUUUUUUAUUGAUAGAUGAAUAAGUUAAGUAAAAAAAAGUAUAUUUUUUUUUAAUAUAUAUACAUAUAUGUUUCUUAUGCCCAUUUGAACAGUGUUUGACCCUGGGCUGCCCACAAAUAGCAUGGAAGAGCAUUAGCGUGGACUGAGUUCAUUAUUACAAUGGUUUCCAUUUUCGUAGCUGAGCUAGCUUAUAGCUCUGCAGUUCCUGUUGGUGGGAAUCAUCAAUGUGUUGGUUUUUCUUACUAUUGUUGUUCAAUUCUCUGGAAUACAUAGUAGCAUUAGAGACUAUAAAGUCACAAAAACCCAAUUCUCCGAAUGUUCAAGAAGAAUCUGAACUUCAAUUACUACAAUAUUGUCUAGUUCCACUACUCUCUUGAAGAGUAUCCUAUACUAGGCCCCGAAUGCCCUCAACUUCCAUAGGUACCUUCCAGCUCUUGGUGCUGAGUAAUACAGAAAGGGAUGCUGCAUUGGUAGGCAGGUAGAUAAAUGAGAGGACACAUUCCCAGUAGAGUAGCAACGGUGCCUUCAGCACACUCAAGAUAUUCUAAGUCUCGUAUUUACUUUUUUAAGAUGCUUUCAAAUGUUUCUAACUUCUCUAUGUACAUAUUUUAUUGUAUGUGCUUUUAUGAAAGAAAAAACCCAACAGAAAAUCUAGUUGGGAAUAAAGGGUUUGUACUGUACUGUAGCUGAAAAACAUCAAACCCAACUAUAAUGUUUACAUUUAUGUUCUCUGUGGUGCAGUCUUAUGAUCAUACUAUUCAAACUUCAGCAUUUUCAAAGUCUUGCUGCAUUGGUCAUUAAAGGAAUGGACAUUAUCUGUUAAAUCUAAGCUUAUGGCAUAAUACUGUGGAGGAAUUAAUUUCUGAUUAAGGUGGGAUUUCCUUGAGAGUGGAGUGAGAACCUUUCAUGAUUGUCUUACGUUGUUUAUGUGGUCCAAAGUGGUAAUGGGAAAUGUAUUCAUUUCCAAACUCUGCCUAACCUGCUGUCCUCUGAUGGUUUAAGUAAUGUCUCUUCCAUUUUGGAUACUGCCCCAGUCUGUCUGAUUUUACUAAAUCCAGGUGAGAGCACUUUUCCAUAAAAGAGAAGCAAACUCUUCAUUAAUGAUACGAAUCACAAUGAAAAACAUGUUAAUAUAAAUUAAUACUCAGUUUGUAAAUUUUGUAAAAUAGAAUUUUGGUUUGAUUUGGUCUAAAUAGAUGAAUUUUGUGCUAUCUUGGAGAAUAUCCAGAUAGCUUUUGGGAUUUCUCUUUCACUUGAAUCUGCAGUAAUUGUUUUAUCACUGUUUUGAAGCUGCUUACGGGUUUCCUAGGUGGAGUAUUCAGUUAUUUAAUAACUGUUUACUUUUUGAACUAUAGAAGUGUCAGACUUUUUGCUUUGAAACUAUUUUAUUUAAACACGCAAUAAUUGAGAAAAGGAACAGGGUAUGGUGGCUAGGUAAAGUUAUUGUUAAGUGGAAAACAAGUGGGAUAGCAGGCACGCUAGGAAGUGGAAAUCAUUUUGCGGAGGUGAGGCGAAAUGGUUAAUGAGCCUUAUCUAGUAUUUUUUUAAAGAUUAAACUAUAUUCAGCACUUUUUAUUUAUGCUUUUUAUAAUAGUAAAGCUAUUAUUGACUAAAUUGCCGAACUUUGAUUUUCAGAGUGCAUAGUUCAUGAAAUCUGUAAUCACAAUUUACCUAACUACUUUCUCUAGAUUAGAUCUAGAUUAGGAGUUGUCUUUAAAUUUAUCACAUACUGCAAUUGCAUCACUGGCUUUGAGGCUUCUGCAGUUUUGCUUGUACAACUAUUCCUGCUUGAUAACAACGUUAUUUGGAUCACUGAUCCGCCAAGUAGAGAGCUACAGUUGCCCAUUAAAGGAAAGAAAGUCACACGAUGACUUUUGUCUUUGCUUUUUCUUCAAAAAGCUGUGUUGAUUAUAAUUGUACUAGCUGCUUUAUAUCAAAACACAAUCCAAAUUGUGUUAAUACAUUACGAAUUUAUCUAACUAACUGUACAAAGUCCCUUUUUGAGGCCUUUAAUCUGCAAACCAGCAGCUCACAAGCAGGCUAGUGGGGUUUAAACAGCACCCAAGUUUUGCAUAUUUAACUGCUUCAUGUGUGAGUAAUGUCUGUGCAAACCACAGCUGAACAUGAAAAAAAAGCUGUAAUGCGGACUUGGUUAUAUUGGCAAUAAAAACUCAUUUUGCAGAUGUAGCUUACUCAAAAUAACUUGUUUAAACUGUACUGGUAACGUAGGGGUUUGCUGAUUAAGAGCUGUGUUUCUAAGGGUUUGUAAAUGUCA